AUGGGAACCAAUGGAAUCUCAACAGGCCUUCAAGCCCUGCAGAUAUCCACAUCAUCGUCAUCGACAUCCUCCAACUCGAAUCCCGUCUCUCCUCGCAAUUUCGCAAACUCGCCUCUUCGAAACCCAAUACGGCCAUUCAACUCGCAUGGACGGCAGCAUUCUGAUACAGAUAACGAAGAGUUACGUAGUAGAAGCAGAUCGUCGGCUGUGAAACUGGAUGGAUUGUUGAGUGAAUGUCGAGAGCUGCUUAUUGUUGGAUUGAAUCCAGCAUUCCAAACGACCCUACAUUUCGAUUCGUUUCGUGAGGGCAAGGUGAAUCGUGCGUAUCGCAAGACGCAUUCUAUAGGUGGAAAAGGACAAAAUUUUGCAAUGGCGUGUGAACAGUAUGGUCAUAAAGAGAAGGUUUCGAUUAUACAGCCAUUGGGAGGCAUGACUGGACGGCAUAUCAAGCAGGUGCUGGAGGAGAAGGGGUUGCAUCAGCUUACUGUUCCCGUUACGAAAUCAACACGUACGAGUACAACUAUACUUGAUAAACGCAGUGGGUCGAUGACGGUGUUGAUUGAACCAGCAGGACGAGUCGCGACCCAAGAACUAGCACUUAUAGAAUCCACCCUCCAUUCAAUCCUCACAAAUAUGCCAUCUCCAACUCCUGCUUCUUCCCAUCACCACCAUACAUCACCGUCACGCAAAACACCGCUAGAGGCAGUAGCCAUAUGUGGGACGAUGCCGCCUGGUAUAACAGGAUCAACGUAUGCGCUGAUAGCGCAACUGAAACCGAGCAAUUGUAUAUUGUUUUGUGACGCGUGUCAGGAUGUCGAGCCAUGUUUGGAGAGUGGGAUGGUUGAUAUAUUGAAGAUUAAUGGGGAGGAAGCUAGUGUGCUGGCUGGGUAUGGGGUUGAUGAUAAUGAGGAUUUAGUGGUGGUGGCGAAACGUGUGCUGUCGCUGUAUUCGUUACCGAUGCUGGCUAUAACUAAUGGGCCUGAUGCCGCAUACCUAUUCGACUCGACCUUCGCGAACACAACCCCCCAAACAAACCACCCAUCCCAAAACCCUUCCGACCGCACAUACAAGUGCCACAAAUACACGAUACCUAACGUCCUCGACCUCGUAACGCAAGACGACGAUCUAGAAGCAUUCAUGAGAAUAACUUCUUCCUCGUUACCUGAAUCGACAGGUCUCGAUCCGGGCACACGAGUGCUUGGAUCUCAUGGUGAUUUGUUUAAUAUACGUGGUGUCGGUGGGAGUGGGACUUCGUUAAAGACUGGAUUUGGAGCGUUCACGCAUCGACCGGUGCCGAGGAGUGCUGGUGUGAAUGUGGAGAUUAAGAUGAAUCCGUUGGGGGCUGGGGAUACGUGUGCGGGGGUGUUUAUGAUUGAGUAUCUUGAGUCAAAGGACGCAGCACAAGCUUUCAAAUAUGGACUCGCUGCAGCAUCAGCAUCAUGUCUUGCCGUAGACCUAACAGCCCACUUUGAUAAAAAGAUGAUGGAACGGAUUUUUGAGCAAAUCACUGUGGAGGAUAUUGAUAUGCAAGGGUUUGUGCCUGCCAAUCCGUUAGAGGCGUCUCAGACGUCGUUGAAUACUAGUGAGACUUCGGAUGGUGACGGGGUUGUUAUUAAGAGCCCUGAUUUUGUGGUUGAGAAUGGGGUGUAA